AUGCUGAACAUACCUGAAGACCUCGGCGCUCCCGAUGGAUACAGCUUUCGUCCCCAUCCCACGGGGUCGAGCUCGAGCGGCGGCCACGGCGAACCCGUGUACCCGCCCGCCGCGUUCAACUCGUCCGACCGAAUCUCGAAUCACGACACGCACCCGUAUUACGCGCCCGAGAGCGCACGAACACGCCCGGAAAAUCACGAAGCGGCUCUGUGUUAUCGUAUGUACGUACUGGGAUCGUGUCCCGGUUGUGCGGGUGAUCCCGCUGUGGAUUUGCGGAACACUAACAAGCGUCGCGGGAGCGAGCCGCCGAGUGCCCAUGCUUCGCAGCGCCCCCGUCCGUCCCCGCGGACUGUGGGAGGCGCCCUGGGGACACGCCCUCGCCUCAAGAGCAGGACGGCUACAACAGCACAGGUGGCGCCACUUUUACACACUUCCAUUUAA